GGUUUAUGAACUCACCCCGUCGCCUCAUCCAAUUCCAUCCAUUCCACAUUAAAUCACCUUCAUACUUUUACGCCAUUUUCCUUCGCUCUGCUUCCCGACGACGUCUCAAUCCACGAUACGCUCUUAUACACGGUCGCAGACACUUCGGCUAUUUACAUUUUGGUCUGCGCUAACAUUGCUCGUAUUAUUUCUACGUCGUGCUUAUAUCCCUAGAUUAGAGAUCUCUCUCUACGAGGCAUCCCUUCUCUCCACCAGUAACCGCAAAUGUUCCCGAUACCUUCCUCCGAGAUAGCAAUUUCAGCCCAAUUCUCUACGGCGCGUCUAGAACCAACCCUUUUCCUGUCGCAUCUGUCGAACUAUGGAUAUCAUCCGCAUCCUCGCUCCCGGUUCGAGUUCGUGUGAUCCUGUUUCCUGACUGGGCUGUCGCAACAGUCUCCCGGUCACCAAUAACUUUUUCCGACGGGAUUUAGUCUAAUCCCAUUUGAAUACCUAAUUAAGUAUCGAACUCGAUUGCUUGUUGCUUCGAUCAUAAUGGAGAGUCCGCGGGACAAGGCUAGAGCGAGCUGGGGGGAUGCCCAGAAGAUCCGCUCUGAUAUAGUAGAGAAGCUAUCAAAUCGAGGCACGACGGAAACUACAGCUCGUUUUGAAGACCUUGAGAAGACGAUGGCUGAAUUUCGGUUAGCCUGCAUGAACGUCGUUGCCAAUGACUUCGAAUAUGCGGUCGGUAAGCAAGUCGAAUAUCAUCUAUGGCAAGCCCAUGUCAACCUCAAUGUCGAGUACCGAAAAAUUAUGAGUCGCCUCCUGGCACAAAACCAGGUGGUUGUGAGACGCAAGCUAGAGAAACAAUAUAGAGGAUUUCUCAAAAUAGCUCAGUCCUUCUAUCGUGUCUAUAUACAACAACUUUCAGGGCGGUACUAUAUUCCCGAGCUACAUCAAGCCGCUUACGGCACAGACAUUGAGCUGCCAGAACCCCCUACUCCUAAUUCGAAGCCUCCAUCUCAACUUCGCGCAAUGAUCUUGAAGUCAUGCCAGAUUACCUUGGUUCAUCUCGGUGACCUGGUCAGAUACCGAUGCCAGAUGUCAGAAAAGCUUUCGAAUCAGAAUUUCGACAAGGCUAUAGCGUACUAUAGUCUAGCGCAUACUAUUAACCCUGACGAUGGCUCGGCUCAUCACCAACUGGCCGUUCUAUACCAACUUCAAGGCCGGCACUUCGACAUUGUCUAUCACUUUCAUCGUUCUAUCUCCGUUGCGAAACCAUCCGAAUUGGGUGUUAGCAACCUUGGACGGGAGUUCAAGGGCUUGGAGAAUUCGCACGCGGGACGUAAAGGUCCCAAAGACCCGCGCGAAACUAUGAUCACCUGGUUCCUCCGACUACACGCGUAUUUCUUCCAGGGAGAGCCUUUUUCUCAACAGGCUGAACUGGAAGAGGAAGUGCUACAUCGCUUAGAGAUUUCCUUGAAGUCUGACGCCGACGAAAUGAUCCUACGCAAGAUGAUCUUUAUUAACAUUGCAGCGUAUGAUAUUGCUUUGGAUAAAGUGAAAUCUGCGUGGACAAUGCAAGGAUCUCAGUCGGCCCAGUUCUUACUACGAUUUAACAUUCGCACGGUCCUGAUUCUCCUUCGCACCUUAAAGGCGGGACUACUAGAUGAGUCUGCCACAUCUACCACACCUGAAAGCGAGAGAGGAGACCACGAGGAUUCUGAGAGUCCGAUCUGCUUUAGUCAACUUUUGAUGAAGCUAUUCCCUCUCUUCCGCAUUUACAUCUCAUGGCUCUAUGUUUCCAGGCUCGAUGCUAAGGAUUAUCGAGAAUUCCUCGAACCAUACGUCAGUGAGGUAUACAGGCUUCUUGCCGACACGCUCACUUUGCUCAACGCAACCAUCGACCAAGCUACCAUUACUACGUCGUCGAAGUAUCUUUUACUGGAAGAUACAGAAGCACUCGGGCUUAAGCCUUUCAGCGAUCGUAACCUGCCCUUGUUCUCGCAAUCAGAAGGUGUACCGGACUUGAUAAAUUAUCAUCCACCAAAGAAGCGCAAGCCUCGCAAGCCUCGCCAAAGAGUCUUCGGUCGUCAGUACAAACCUCACACAGAAGCAAUCUGGCGAAUUAGGGAUAUUGUGUAUUGUGGGGUACUCUUGGCAGCGAGCUCGGCUUUCCCGCUCGCAAUUAGCCUCAAGAAGCUCGAGGGGCGGGAGGUUGAAUGCUGGGAUUUUAUUGUUGAACCUGCUCAAGCAGCCUCCGUAGACGAGGCAACUAUGCUUCGUGUGUUGAACAAGCUUAAACUCGACGACGCAGGAGCAAAACCAGAGGAGUCGAUGCAGAAGGUGUCAGAUGCAACUUUGGAGGAUGUCGCCUUGGCACAUCAUGCUGAAGAUGAGACAAGCCUUCAACCACGCAGCGUAUCCCGCAAGGGAAAAUCAGUCGAGGAGCAAGCACCCAAUCCACUUCUUGACACAGACCUAAGUGGAGAUAGUGAGAUGGUUAAUAUGGUGAACAAGCUCUUGGAUCCACUCGAUGAUAGCAGACCUCAGUCAAGCCAGACCCAGGGUGAUACCAGCUAUGGCAUGAAUACUGCUACGGCUAACGAUGUUUUUGGCCGGUUUGCUACGGAUUCAGCGCAGCCUUCUCCCGCGUCGAAGGCCAUACCCAGCCUCCCAUGGGGUUACUUCUAUGAGCCAACCCCGAAACAUUCUGGUAGUCAAUCUAAUAAUCAAUUGGUUUCCGAUGGAGACUAUAUACCCAGGAGUGUCCAUGGCCAGUUAGACGGCUUCGAGUCGUCUCCUUAUCUGAGUAAUCUUACCAUCAACAAGGCCCCAGCGCAUCGCAGCGUGAGAGAACAGCCUGCGUAUGAGUCGCCAAGGUUAUGUCAAGGAGCGCCACGAUCUGAUAAUCACCAGAGCAAGGGUUCCCGCGACUCGUUAGAGAUAUCGCGAAGCGCAGUCCUCGAUAGUCUGACGUCUGCACUGUAUGCUCAACACGGGCUGAACCCGCAAACCACGCAGGAUAGCUAUGCGGGUCGAAUGGGUACGAGCCCAUAUCUAGGGUCUCAGAAACCUUCAGCAGCCAGCUCUCCCUAUUUGAAUAAACUCGGGAUGAAUCAAGGAUCGAGCUAUAUGGAGCGCUCGGGCAGUCAGCAGACCGCUGUUUCUAAUCUGCAAAGCCCUUCUGGAUCCGCGGGGUUUGGCCUACCAAGCGGGAGCCUGGGCGGACAGAAGAAAAUCCCGGGCCCUUUCGAGAAUAUUUCAAGCCCCUUUGGCAGUGAAGGCGGUUUUCUAGCACCAGGGGGCAAUACGCAGGCAAACGGCCGUUCAGCGCCGGGUGCUCCUCAACAGUACUCUCCUUGGUCCCAAGAAGGCACGAGAAGUGGAUCAACCUUCUCCUUUUCGCACCCGAGCAGCCUUUUCGGCGGCACUCCUGUUGCCCCCCAGGGCGGUCCUCCCAACACUGUCUUUUGUAAUGGCGACUACUAUAAUGCUAGUACCCCAUUCGGUCGACUCGGCCAUAACCACAGUAACAAGGACGACCCUACGCGUUACCGAAACCAGAUUAAGAGUUACUUAGGUGAGGAGGAUCCCUCCUACGAAUACGACCAGAAAGUGUUACAGUCUGCAUGGCUUGACAACGACGAGAUGCAUCGCCAGAAGUAA